ACAGUCCGCUGCUUCGUGCUUGAAGUUGUGUGCUGACUAAGUGACGGGGUCAUUUUUCUAACUAAAAUUUUUAUGUUUGCUGAGGCAUUAUGGCGUCUAAAACAGACACUUGUAAUACGCCCCCCGUAAAAUUCACCUUCUCACGGUGUGACCCACAUUUCACUUUUCUUCAUGCACAGUUAAGGUGCAGAGCUAGGGAUUUACUACUUACACAUUAGCAAGAUGUCCGGUCAUCACAGCUCCACAAUGGAUUCCAAGAAAUCGGACAAAAAUCACCUAGAAAACCUCAGCAAAGCCUUAAACAAGGCAAGGGAGUACAUCAUAUUGCUUCUGACUUACUUCCUGUACAAAAUCAUGCGUUCUAUUGUCACAACAACACAAAAAUUCACGUGGGCUGUAACAGGAGUAGAACGUACCCGGAAAGACGCAAAGAGCGGAAUUCAGUUCAAACAUAGUGCGCAUGUGCAUAACGUUUUAUGGAGACGAAAACUCAUUUUGUCAUCCGUGUCUGAUCCGUCGGAUUUCAUAUUAACUCACAAAUUUUUCAAACAUCCUAAUUAUGUAUUGAAGCCCAACAUCUCAUUGUAUUGCAUAACAAAAGACGAGGCGUUGUUUGUUGAAGUGGCAGAGGAUGUCAAUCUAUAUAAGCAAUUUGACAGCAAAGCGUUCUAUAUGAAACAGUUUGAAAGAGCCCACAGUGUUAUAAGCAUGCCUUUGGCAUCAUUUCAUAAAAUAGCUCAGGAUAUCGGCCGUCCAAAAGUCCCUAUCAUCUGGAUGUCUUCCACCGGAAGCUGUGGUGCUACACUGCUUAGUCGAGUGUUUGGACAACUUCCGGGCAUGGCAGUCAUUAGUGACCCAGAUGCCUUAACUAGCCUUGCAUUUUUGAAAAAAUCGAAUAAAUUCGGUAAAGGCGAAUACGAACAACUACUCCCAAGUGCACUACGACUAUUAUGCAAACACGACGACCGCGCUGGGAUAUUCUUUGUGAAAACGAGGCCAUGCAGUACGUGUCAAAUGGCCGAUGUGUACAAAUGCUUCCCACAGAUUUAUCAUCUAUACAUUUAUCGCAAUAGCUUUAAAACUGUCACUUCUCAUCUCAAUAUAUUUGCUAAGGAACCAAUAUCCAUAGUAGGCAAGUACGUGAUAGAUAGUCAAGUCUUGUCGGCCAUUUUGCCCUGCUUUCGAAAAUCUCUGUACCACAAUUAUUGUUAUGUGCUGGAAAGAACAGACGGCAAUGACAAUGGAAAGAACCUCACAACUGUGGGUAUUUUUGCUACAUCUUGGGCGGCCAAUAUAGUCCAGUGUCUAGAUCACGUGGACGCUGGGGUUCCCGUCAUUGCGAUCAUGUUCGAGGAAAUGAUGAAAAAUCCCCAAAAAAUUCUCUCUAUUCUGUUUGACGUUUUGGAAUUGAGACAGGAGUAUUUAUCUGAUGCUAUGGAGGGCUUCCGGAUCGAUCCGUGCAACAACAACGUGGCUAGUGGACUCGGCUUGAACGAAACCAGACGACCCAUUUCCCACCAGGCCCGCGUUGAGGCUGACGCCAUAUUGAAGAAACAUGGACUGCCAAAAUUGGGAGAGAGAUUUGAAAUCCCUGGUCUUCUAGAUUUCGAUACAACAAAAUUCAGAGGAAUUAAUACCGGCACCAAAGAUAGAUAUUAUUAACGAUCACAGAUAUAGAUUUUGAAAUGCAUCGAAAUUUUGUUUGUUAACACUUGUACAAUGCACUUAGAAGAAAUUGCAAUAUUUUCCUUGAAUCCCUGCUGUCACUUUUUACACAUGUACUAUUUAUUCUCUGAAUGGCUAGAUACUGAAUGUUUACUCCGUUUACCUGAUCAAGAUUUAAGGCUCACGGCGGUUGUGACUGGUCGACAGGGGAUGAUUACUCCUCCUAGGCACCUGAUCCCACCUCUGGUAUCUCCAGGGGUCCGUGUUUGCCCUACUCUUAAUUUUGUAUUCUUUAAAGGAAUUAUGAGAUUGAUCACUGUUCGUUAUCUUCAUCUUUUCAUUUAAAAUGUGUAUUAUGCACGUGUAAUACAUGUCCAUACAUGUUUGCAGUAACUUGUACCUUUUCAUACCUUUGUUGCAUCAAUAAAUCAUAAUUAAAGUAAAA